GCUAUUUGGACCGAGACAUCAAUUUGGAAAAUCGCUCGCAGCAGGAAGAGCCAUGGCGACAGGAAAGCGAAGCGACUGCCUCUUCGGGACGUUAGCCUUUACGAGCGACGAGCAGCAGCGCACAGAUGCGUACCUACGCCAAAAGCUCAACCCGGACGUGCUCUCUCGGCGGCCUGGGCCUGGCGGCCGGCGCCUCACGUACCUCGAGAGCUGCAAGGCGAUCGAGAUCGCAAAUGAAGCGUUUGGCUUUAACGGUUGGAGCUGCCGCAUCGUCGACUGCAACCUCGAAUACAAGGACAAGGACAGCAACGGCCGCUGGAGCGUCGGGUACAGCGCAGUCGUGCGCAUUGAGCUCAAGGACGGGUCUACGCACGAAGACGUUGGAUUUGGAACGAGCGAUGGCAUGAAGGAGCUAGGUGCUGCCUUGGAGCAAUCCAAAAAGGCUAGCAUUUCGGAUGCUCGGAAGCGGGCGCUGCGUCUCUUUGGCGAGUAUCUUGGCAACUCGUGCUAUGAUAAAGAGCACAUCAAGGACGUUGCGGCAAACAGGGCUAACAACGUACCGCUGCAGUCCCCGACGUCGAUCAAGCUCGAAAACGGGACUACAUCCAACGCUAUUGCAGUCGAGCCCAACGCCCAACGAGUGCUGCCGCCAGCGUCAAGUACCUCUCGCGCCGUCAAUGGCUCCAAGGCGCAGACAGCUGUACAACGCAAGCCGGAAGGUCCACCGGGUGUGUCAAACCAGACUUCUGGUAUCGUGCAGUACCAACCCGCAGCGGUGUCUCGACCGCCGCAGUACAACCAGGCAAAUCAGUUCAACCCUCCGCCACCGAUGAACCGCGGACCUCAGGGUCCCCCGAAUGUAAAGCAAGAGCCGUCGUUUGCACCGAAACACAACAACUCGUACGCGCCGCGCCCGGCGUCGACUGUCACCGCCGCACCUGUCACUCUUGUGGACCACGGCAAGCGCCCGCUACCUCAGCAACAGGCUUUUCCGCGUCCGAUGACCAACAUGUCGCCCUCCUUGGUCAAUGCGUCGCCGUCUCUCGGUUUUGACCGAAAGAGCGCACCCGUGUGCAUGUACCCAGGCGACCCUGGCGUUGACCUCGACGACCUACGCUACUCGCAAUUUGAAUUUGACGCCAACGAAACCAACGAAAGCAACAGCAAGAAGCACAAGUCGUAAUGGAUCAAUUAAGGCACGAUGCCGUUCGUGAGUUUCUGGAACUUGUCGUAGCGCUUCGUCCACUUGUUCUUGUAGCUGAGCUUGACGAGCUUCAGCGCAUGCUUGACGGUUGCA